AUGUUGGGGGGUGGGGGGGGGACGGGGGGCGUUGGUUUUAGACAGGUUGGGUUGGGUUUAAGAUUGAAAGUGGGUUUUGAGACAGGUAGGGGUUGGUAUGAGACAGGUUGGGGUUGGUAUGAGACAGGUUGGGGUUGGUAUGAGACAGGUGAGGGUUGGUAUGAGACAGGUGAGGGUUGGUAUGGGACAGGUGAGGGUUGGUAUGAGACAGGUGAGGGUUGGUAUGAGACAGGUGAGGGUUGGUAUGGGACAGGUGUGGGUUGGUAUGGGACAGGUGUGGGUUGGUAUGGCACAGGUGAGGGUUGGUAUGAAACAGGUGAGGGUUGGUAUGAGACAGGUGAGGGUUGGUAUGAGACAGGAGAGGGUUGUUAUGAGACAGGAGAGGGUUGGUAUGAGACAGGUGAGGGUUGGUAUGAGCCAUGUGAGGGUUGGUAUGAGACAGGUGAGGGUUGGUAUGAGACACGUGAGGGUUGGUAUGAGGCAGGUGAGGGUUGGUAUGAGACAGGUGAUGGUUGA